AUGGUCAAUGAAAAUGAUCCAUUAUUAGAUGAUUCAUGGGCUAAUAAGAGACAAAUUAUAAGUAGCAAACCUUGGUACAAAAGACCUUCAAUUGGAUUUAUUUUAACUGUUGGAUUUUUCUAUACUUUAACAUCAAUAGGUGAACCUACAAGGCAAAGUCUUAGAUUUCAAUUAGCAUGCAAUUCUUUGAUCAAUGAUAAGGGAUAUUGUGAUUCUAUAGAUGCUCAAUUGAUGGUUUCAAAUUACAAUCAAGUAAGUGCUAUUGUUUCCCAAUUAUCACUGCUUGGUGCAUUAGCCAAUAUCGGAAAGUUACUGGAUAAAUUUGGAAGAAAGAAGUUUAUCACAUUGAUUGUAACUGUGGUAUUGAUAUCAAGAACCAUUCUCCUCAGUUCUUAUUUGAUUGACGAGAAGUUCAAUUUUUAUCUUUACAUAUUUUGUGACUUCUUAGCAAGUUCGACUGGUGGCUUAUUUGCCAUGACAGGAUUGAUAAAUUCUUAUAUUACUGAUAUAAUCGAACCCAGUCAACAGAAUUAUCUUAUAGGUUGGGGUAAUGGAUCAAUUUUCGCUGGUGAAUCUUUAGGUCCUCUUUUGAGUAAUUUCAUUAUUGGAUUAUUUGAGACAUACAACGAUCAGUCUGAUGAUAUGAAACCUUUGAAUAAGCAACAGAUAACUUUAUCUGUGAUUGAAAUAAUUAUCUUUGGAGUGUUAUUGGUUUAUUCAUUAAUUUUACCCGAAUCCAAGCUCCAUUGUUCUGGUGAUUUUUCGGUGGCUAAAUUGAAUUUCAGAAAUUUGUUGCAGCCAUUGAGAAUUUUAAUUCCAGAUCAACCUUCGAAAGUUAAAAAACUCAUAAUUUUCAUGGUAUUCUUGAAUUGCUUAUCGGCCAUGUUAAGUAUUCUGUUAGGAGAAAUCAACCUUCAAUAUGCAAUUUAUAUGUUCAAAUGGACUUCUAAAGAGAUUGGUUAUUUGAUGUCUUUAUUCUCCAUUUCCAGAGUGAUGGUAUUAUUCUUGAUAACUCCGUUUUUGACCAAUUACUUACUACCCAAAUAUUUCACUAAAAAGGAAGCUUCAAUGGAUAAAGUUGAUUUCGUAAUGAUCUUAUUCGGAAUAUUUUGUGAUUUAGUGUUAUUCUCGGGUCUCAGUAUUUCCAGAAAUACCUUUGAAUACUUGGCUUUCACUAUCUUUGGUAGCUUGGAUUCAAUUGUAGUACCUACAGCUCAAUCCAUAAUGUUGAAAUAUUAUGAUUCAAAUAGAAAUGGUGAGGUUCUUAUGGCUAUAUCUUUAAUCAAUGGUGUAGGAUGUAUUUUUGCACCCAUUAUUUCCAUGGAAAUUUAUAAGUUUGGUUUGACUCAUUCCAUCCCUCAGUUGAUUUUCCUUUCAUGCUUGACCGUGGAUAUCGUCGUCAUUAUUGCAUUCCUUCACUUUAGAAAUAUAUAA